AUGCCAGGCUACAAAGCCACUUCUUUGCUGGAAGGAAGGAAGCGCGAGGCCAUCCUGAAGGUGCUGGAGAACCUGACCCCGGAGGAGCUCAAGAAGUUCAAGAUGGGCCGGGUGAAGCUGGGGACUGUGCCGCUGCGCGAGGGCUUUGAGCGUAUCCCGCGGGGCGCACUCGGGCAGCUAGACAUCGUGGACCUCACCGACAAGCUGGUCGCCUCCUACUAGGAGGACUACGCAGCCGAGCUCGUCGUGGCCGUGCUGCUGGACAUGGGCAUGCUGGAGGAGGUGGCACAGCUGCCGCGGGCCGCGCGAGGGCCACUCUGAGCUGGUACGUGACUUAGGGACCCAACCCCGCUUCUUCGCCAAGGACCGAGGCGUCGGGUCCCGCCCAGAGCCUUCCUGUUUCCCUCCUCCUUCAGGGUCCCUCCUGGGGUCCUUCCUCAGACCUCCGGCCAGCCCCUCCCGGUGGCGAAGGGCUGGGCUGCCGCGAACCCCGGUGGGCUGCAUCUUGCCCCACUGCCGCCUUCCAGGCUCCUGGGCUGCCUGUGCCCUGUUCCGUUUCAUGGGUUCUGUGCUCUCUUCGCAGAUAAA